AUGUAUUCGACAUUGGCACAAGACGAAUGUUCAAUAUGUGAAACUUCAUGGAAAUCAGAUAAACAGACAGUGACAACCGAUUGCAAUCAUACGUUUCAUCGGCAUUGCGCUCAAAAGCGUCUCGACGAGGCACAUAAAAGUGAUUGUAGAACAUGUGGCAUGCAAUUCGCAUUGAUUAAUGCGCUUCAAAAACAUACAGCAACAAGAACAACUACAACAAAUAUAGAAAUUGAUGCAAAUAACGAUCAAUCUGAAACAACCAAGGCAAAAGAAGAACAAUCUAUUAGCGUGCCAAUAUCAACUAUAGACAGCUAUGAACAUGAUGAUGAAGUAAAUGGUUGGCAAUGUAUAAAAUGCUCGAUGAAGAAUAGGAAAUCGACGAAAAGAUGUGCCUCUUGCGGUGAACCACAGAAUGCUGCAUCUACUGAAUCACAUUCCACUUCUCAAACAACAUCAUUUGAAGAUACUGAUGAUGAUGAUGGUGACUAUAGUGCAAGAUCAGAUGACGAGGAAGACGCUUAUUUGAAAACAAAUUUUACAGUAGAUACAACAGGUUAG